CGCUAACGCGACUGAUCACAGUACAACGCUAAGUAACUACACGGGAGUGUAAACGGCAUAUCGAAGUACAAACAUCGACAUUUAAACGUUAAACGAAAGGAUACAGUUCGAGUUUAUCCGCUCCGUGGUUGCUUCCGGGCGCCGCCAUGUUUGUUUGUGACUCUUCUUCGGGUGGAAAUGAUCGCAGUCAGUGAGUGGCGCGGCCCCUAGUGUCUGAGAAGAGAACAUCUUUUUUCUUUUCCAAUUACGCUACAUGCGUACCGUUAAAUAAUGGUAUUGGUUUCAACUUGCUCAAUCGUUUUUGCUGUUUUUUUUUAAUCCAAAUAAGUCACACAUGAUUUGUGUAAGUCUUUUAUUUUGAAAUGGAGCUGUCAAGAUCAGCUGUUGUGCGUGCUCCUCCUGUGAGUGUGCUCCUCCUGUGAUUGUGCUCCUCUCAAAACUGUCAGAAGAACCAGGACGAGGAGAAGGUUGAUUCAUCUGCUGGCUGCUUGUCAACAAACAACGCGUGCGCAGUGCACGCAUUCAUGGCGGCGCCAAAAAGCAGCGGCCUGCUGCGUGACCUCCAGUUAGCGCUGCAGCUGAAGAUUGAGGAGUUGUGUCAGAGGGACACGCUCAUUGACGAGCUGGAACUGGAGCUGGACACCAAAGAUGACCUGAUCCGGCAUCUGCAGGUCGAGCUGGAACGCCAUCGCAGUGCAACCCAACGAGCCCCCAACGCCGGCGAGGUGCCAAACACAGGUGGCGCCCCGCAGACGGCGGCCCCAGACGAGCCUCAGCGCACCAAGAGACAAGCCAUCUCGGCAGAACCCAGCGCUUUGGACCCAUCCCAGCUCAGUGACGUGACGCUCACGAGCUACUGCAAGACUAAAGAGUCCAGUGAGCUGAUCCAGAGAGCACUGAUGGACAACGACUUCAUGAAACACCUGGAACACGGACAGAUUCUGACCAUCCUGGACUGUAUGCGGCCCACCAGCCUGGAUAAAGGCUGCUGCGUGAUCCAAGAGGGCGACGACGGAUCCAUGGUUUACGUUCUGGAGGAGGGCAUGGUGGAGGUGACCAAGGAAGGUAAAAAAUUGUGCACCAUCGGACCAGGAAAGGUCUUUGGAGAACUCGCCAUCUUGUACAACUGCACGCGCACGGCUACUGUAACAGCACUGACUGAUGUCAAGCUGUGGGCCAUCGACCGUCUGGGGUUCCAGACCAUCAUGAUGCGUACAGGUCUCAUCAAACACUCCCAGUACACAGACUUCCUGCGCAGUGUUCCAUCCUUCCAGGCGCUGCCUGAGGAUGUUCUCAGCAAGCUAGCAGAUGUUCUGGAGGAGACUCACUACAGUGACGGCGAUUACAUCAUCCGCCAGGGCGCCACAGGAGACACCUUCUUCAUUGUCAGCGAGGGUCAGGUAAAUGUGUCACAGCAGAGCACCUCCAGUGGCGAGCAGGUGCCAAUGAAGAUGUUGUCCAAAGGCGACUGGUUUGGCGAGCAGGCGCUGAAAGGUGAGGACGUGCGCACGGCCAGUGUGACCGCUGUGGGCGCCGUCACAUGUUUGGUGGUAGACAGAGAGUCCUUCAAGCAGCUGAUUGGCGGCCUAGAGGAAGUUACCAACAAGCAGAGCGAAGACGACGAGGUCAAGGCCAAGCGUCUGGUGGAAGAUGAUUUCUUCUCCAGCGUGACGCUGGGGGACUUCACCGUGGUCUGCACCCUCGGCAUGGGUGGUUUCAGCCGUGUGGAGCUGGUGCAGCUGAAGAACGACGCUGGCCGCUCCUUUGCCCUUAAAGUCCUGAAGAAGCGUCACAUCCUGGACACCAGCCAGCAGGGACACAUCCUGUCGGAACGCCGCAUUAUGAUGGAGGUCCACAGCCCCUUCAUCAUCAGGUUGUACCGGACCUUCCGGGACCCAAAGUACCUGUACAUGCUGCUGGAGGCGUGUCUGGGCGGCGAGCUCUGGACGCUGUUACGUGACAGGGGAUCAUUUGACGACGGGACCACCAGGUUCUACACGGCGUGCGUGAUCGAGGCUCUGGCCGAGCUGCACUCCAGAGGGAUCAUUUACAGAGACCUGAAACCUGAGAACAUCAUCUUGGACCACAGAGGCUACGCCAAGCUGGUGGACUUCGGCUUUGCCAAGAAGGUGGGUCUGGGCAAGAAGACGUGGACCUUCUGUGGGACUCCUGAGUAUGUGGCCCCCGAGAUCAUCCUGAAUAAAGGUCACGAUAGCUCCGCCGACUGCUGGUCGCUCGGAAUUCUCAUCUUCGAACUGCUCAGCGGCAGUCCGCCCUUUUCUGGUUCCGACCCGAUGAAGACGUACAACAUCAUCCUGAGAGGCAUCGACAUGGUGGAGUUCCCCAAGAAGAUCACCAAGAGCGCCGCCAACCUCAUUAAACGCCUCUGCAGGUUCAUCAUGCCAAUACUAGCACUACUGCAGUAUUACUACUACAACCACUGCUGCCAUGCUAGUAAUAUCACCACUACUACUGUCACUGCUGCCGUUCUACUAAUACUACUGAAGUACUACUACGACCUUUAGUGCAGUUCAUUCUACUAAUACUUUCACUUGUGCCCUGCUAAUACUACUACCAUUACUGCGCUACUAAGAGGAACGCUAACAGUAGUAACUUCCUGUUUCCUCUUCUCCUCCCACCUGUCACAUCCUCCUCCUUUCUCUUCGACUUCUCCUUUUCUUCUUCUCAUCCGCCUCCUCAUCUUCUUGUUCAUUUCUUGUUCGUCUGCUUCUUCUUCUCCUCAUCGCAUUGUAGUGCUUUGUAGUUCAUGGUAGUACUUCAUACAACAACGCUAGAACUUGAUAGUACUUGAUUGUAAGCCCUUUCGCGGCCAUGCGUGUGACGUCAUCAUGAAGCGCGUGUAUGUCAGGGACAACCCGUCAGAGCGCCUGGGGAACCAGAAGAAC